AUGAUGCUAGAGCUGAUCAAGAACAGCGCCAUCCUGCCGGGCCCCGGCCGCCCGCUGGAGCGCUGCCUACUGGACCGCAUCCCGGCAGAUGCGCAGUAUGUGCUAAUUGGCGAGGCCAGCCACGGGACAGAGGAGUUUUACAGCAUGCGCGCGGAGCUCACCAAGAUGCUCAUCCAGGAGCGGGGCUUCAAUGCAGUGGUUGUGGAGGCCGACUUCCCGCCCGCCUUCCGCGCCAACAUGAUGUGGCGCAACACGGUAGUGACCCGCUUUGUGGACUGGCUGAGGCAGCACAACGCCCAGAUCCCCCAGGAGCAGCGCUACGCCCAGGGCGCUGGCUUCUAUGGCCUGGACCUCUACUCCCUGCAUGAGUCAGCCGCCAAGGUUGUGGAGUUUCUGUCUGGCGUGGACCAAGACGCCGCCAUCCGCGCCAAGGCCAGGUUCCAGUGCUUUGACCGCUACGGCGCCGACACAAUGGCCUACGCCUAUGCGGUUGGGGUGGGCGGUGCGCCCUCCUGCGCCAACGCCGCGCUGUCUGUGCUCAAGGAGGUGGGCAGGAAGGCGGAUGCCCAGAAGCUGGACGGCGAGUACGGGGAGGAGGCGGCGUUUGCGGCGCGCUGCAACGCGGCAGUGGUCAAGGGGGCCGAGGGCUACUAUCGCAACCUGUUUUUCGGCGAGGAGCUGACCUGGAACCUGCGCGACGCUCACUUCCUGGAAACGGUCAAGGCCCUCGACUCUCACCUGUCCCGCCGCGUGGAGAUGCCCAAGCUGGUGCUGUGGUGA